UUAUCGUACAACAAGAAAUAGAUUUUGUUUGCACUGAUUGAAUUUCACACAGAGACAAUAUACAUAUUGAUUUAAGUAAAUAUUAAACUGAGAGUUGUGAAUUUUCAUUUGAUAAAAAGUGCAAUGAAUUACAUGUAUGACUGAUACAAGGAUGAAAAACGAAUUGGUUAUGGAUGAUUUUGAAGAUGAAGAUAUAGAUGUUCCAGUUUUGAGAUUAUAUCCGCUUCAAGAUGAAGAUGGAAAGAAGUUCACAGGAAAAAAGAACAAAUAUGUUCGAAAUGUAGUGACACCAACCAUAGCAUUCGGGAGGACUCAGUCUUUUCUCUCCGAUAGUAGUCGUUCACACACACCUGAUCGUCUGGUGUUUCCUGGACAAAAUCGACCAAAAAGUGCCGGCUGUAUGCUACGGGAGUUAAAGACACCAACAAUAGGUCGACAACGAAAUUCUAUGAGACCAGAUCUGGAACCAGAAGAAGUAAGAUAUUUACCGGAUGCACCUAAAAAAGUAUCACGUGAUGAACUUGAAACAAUUGUGUCGCGUUUGCAACGACAAACCAAUUCUGGACGUGCACGGACCGCAUUAACAAGAAGAAUUAACCAGAAAAGACUAGAGCAGUCCAAAAAUCUCCGGGUUGACUAUUUAGCAUUUGAUCCUUAUAGAUUCAGAGGUUUGCGGAGGGUUACAAAAGAUGAAAUGGACAGUAUUGUGAGUCGGUUGUCUACUUUUCCGAAUGACCGCAAACCAGCAGAAUCCGAACGCUACAGUAUCGCAAAGGAAAAUCAUGAAAAACUUGGUGUUUUAAAUAGUUAUAGAUGGAAAGGAAUUCGUAAUUGUUAAAUAUUUAAGGUAUCGUUUGUAUAAUGUGCAAUAUUGUUUUAAAGUUUAGAUUAAAAUGUUAUUUAAAUAUAAA